GUUACAUAUCAUAUCUAAUCCAAGCUCGACUGACGCGACCGCCGACUUUGCAGCUUCCCACCACGCAACAACACCUGCUACACCUGUACAUUCGCUUGGUCCUAAAAAUACAAUUAAAAUCUCGCCAAGAUGAAGCUCGUUCGGUUCUUGAUGAAAUGCGCCAACGAAACAGUAACGAUUGAGCUAAAAAAUGGAACAAUCGUGCAUGGUACUAUUACGUCCGUCUCGCCGCUCAUGAACACCGCCCUGCGAACCGUCAAGAUGACACCCCGCGGGCAAGAUGCUAUUUCUCUCGAUACAAUGAACAUUCGCGGCUCUACUAUUCGAUACAUCGUGCUUCCCGACUCGCUACCGCUAGAUACACUGCUGAUCGACGACUCGGUGAAGCCCAAGAACAAAGCGCGAAAGGAAGUAGCAGAUAGAGGUGGACGAGGCGUCGGACGCGGCAGAGGUAGAGGCCGCGGCGGUGGUGGUGGCCGCGGCCGGGGACGGGGCAGGCCAUAGGGCGGUUCUGGCUGUGGUCGCGGGAUCUAAAUGGCUAAGGGCCUUGGUUCUAUUGUAAUAUGUCCCUCGCCUCCUUGAUGGCAAUGGAGGGAUAGCUACUACUUUGCAGUUGGGCUUCAUGAUGUAUCCGAGUGCCUACGGAAAGACACUAG